AUUCCCUCAUCGCCCAACCCCAUUCCACUUUCUGUGGAACGCUUCCUGGUUCUACUGCGCAUAUGCCAACGUGGAGCCAAUCGUAAGGAGGGAUGAACUAAAUACCCAGAUGCCACCUGAUGCCGAGUCUCUUUCUACUCUUAUUUCGCAGUGUGCUCAGCGGGGCCUCUAAGGACGAAGAAGCGGGUGGAGAUGGGAAGACAAGAUAAGGCGUCCCCAUAGCUCUCUGGGAAACGGGGUCCUGGGGCUGGCGCGGAGGCUCCUGGGUGGGGAGUAGCUCCGAAGAGAUUCUCCCGGCACCGGAAGUGGCUGCGGGGAGGCGCGUGUCAGAGGAGUUGGGUCUUCCGCUCCCACCCGUUUGGGGUCGAGUCUUUUAACCCGGCUGACCGCAGUCUCGAGGUGAGGAGACGCCGGGGCUGGGAUCGCUGAAGACGAGAGGUGACGGAAUGCUUUUGGGGCGACUUCGGCACUGGGCGAGUCGCCUUGGGCUGAAGACUUAUGUUCUGACUCCUCCUCCUGCUUCUGGACGUUUUGGGGGCUCCUCCAGCAUGGCCAGAGUCAGCCCUAGGAGGAAAGGACAGUUUCUCCCAGGACGGGGAGCUUAAAGGAGGACUGGGCUGCUGGGCCCCCACUGGCUAUGGCUGAGGAAUUUGCGACCCUCAAGGACGUAGCCAUGGACUUCACCUUGGAGGACUGGGAGCAGCUGGGGCUGGACCAGGGGGACCUGUUCUGGGACACGGCACUGGACAACUACCAGGACCUCUUCCUGCUGAAUCCCCCCAGACCCAACCUGACCUCCCAUCCAGAUGAUGGGGAAGAGCUGGCAGCCCUGGCGAAAGGAAGCCCAGAGUCAACAGGACCUGACACCGCUGAGGGCAAGACCUCUCCUCUGCCACAGGACUUCUUGGAAGAAGGACUCUCCCAGGAGAUUACUGAGAUGUUUUCCAAGGAUGGCCUCUGGAACUCCCAUCUGGAAGAAGCCUGCAUAGGCCAGAGCUGGUUAGAUAGUUUGCUCGGAGAUCCGGAAAGUCUUCUGAAGUCCAAUGUUGUUACCAGCAAGGAAAGUCCCACAGAAUGCAAGAGCCAUGAACUCGAGAGCCACAAACUCAAGAGAGGCCUUGGUCCCAAGUCCCUCCUUUGCCCAGGAGCGGGUUCUGUGACUCUUGAUCUUCCUGAAAGGAGCCUGACACCAGCUAAGUCUCAGGAAAGUGGGAAUGACUUUGGGUGCUACUCAGACCAGAGCCAGCAGGAUAACAUCCAGGGAGGGGAGAAACCAUAUAAAUGUAGUCAGUGUGAGAAGAGCUUCAGCCAGAGCUACCGUCUGAUCCAGCACUGGAUUCUUCACACUAGGGAGGACCCCACUGUGCUUCAAGAGUAUGAGAAAGAUGUCAACCAGAGUUCUUGCCUUUUUGUGCAGUCAGUGACUCACACAGGCUCCAAGUCCUAUGUGGGUAACAAGUGCGGGAAGACUUCUAGUCAGAAUACACACCUCCUGUGGCAUCAGAACAUUCACAGUGAAGAAAAACCAUGUAAGAGUCAAGACAGUGAUGGUCCAGCAGGUCACGACUCACAGCCUGUUGAGCGUCACAAACCCCCCUCAGGUGGUAAAUCCUACAAAUGUAAUGAAUGUGGCGAGAGUUUCAGCCGAGCCUUUCAUCUCACCCGGCAUCAGAAAACCCACACUCGGAAACGCUACGAAUGUGCCAGAUGCAAGGCGAUCUUCAACUUUAACAAAUACCUCCUCCAACAUCAGAAAAUUCAUGCUGCAAAAACGACUGCUGUGUGUCAGGAGUGCGGGAAGGCCUUCAGGCGAAGCUCCUUGCUUGUCAAACACCAGUCUGUUCACACUGGAGAAAAACCUUAUAAGUGCGAUGAGUGUGGGAAACUCUUCAGCCAUAUCCUGACCCUAAAGACCCACCAGAAGGUUCACAGGGGCGACGAGAAGCCUUACAAAUGCAACAAAUGUGGGAAAGCCUUUUACCGGAACACUCACCUUAAUGAACACCAGAGGGUUCACACGGGCUACAGGCCCCACAAGUGCCACAAAUGCAUCAAGAGUUUCACCCGGCCCUCCCACCUAAAUCGACACCUGUCCAUUCACGCCACAGAAAAGCCCUACAGCUGUGCUGAAUGCAAGGAGACCUUCAGCCACAACGAACACCUUGUUCAGCACCAGAAAAUCCAUGCUGUGGAAACCCCCUACGAAUGUCAGGAGUGUGGUGAGCGCUUUAUUUGCCACUCGACCCUAACUUGCCACCAGAGCAUUCACACCAGAGAAAAACAAGGACUCGACAAGAGCAGGAAGAUCUUGAAUGAGAACCCAGAGCAGAGAGAGCCUCCAAGGGUCAGCGAGAAGCGCUUUAAGUGUAACAAAUGUGAGAAAACCUUCAGCUGCAGCAAAUACCUGACUCAGCACGAGCGGAUUCACGCCAGGGUGAAGCCCUUUGAGUGUAACCAGUGUGGGAAGGCCUUUGGCCAAAGUUCACAGCUCAUCCGCCACCAGAGGAUCCACUCUGGAGUGAGGCCGUAUGAAUGUGGGGACUGUGGAAAGGCCUUCGUUCGUAGUGCCUCCCUUGCCAAACAUCAGUCCACCCAUAAGAGUGAGCACCCCUUUCAAUGUAACAAAUGUGGAAUGACCUUCAGCCAAAGUGCAUGUCUCUCAGAACAUCAGUUAAUCCAAACUGCAGAGAAGCCCUUUAAACCUAACAAGUGUGACGAAGUCUUUGCCUACAGUAACCACCUUGUUCAGCAUCAGGGAACUCAGGCAGGAAAGAAGCCCUUUGAGCAAAAUGAAUGUGGGAAAACAUCGCAGCAGAGCUCGUGCCUUUCCAAGCAUCAGAGAAUUCACACAGGCGAGAAGCCCUAUGAAUGUGGUGACUGUGGGAAAACCUUCAACCUGGGCACUCAACUCAUCCGACACCAGAGAGUUCACACUGGAGAAAAGCCUUACGUUUGUCAGGAAUGCGGGAAAGCCUUCAGCCAGAGCUCAUGCUUUUCUAAGCAUCAGAGAGUUCACACAGGUGAGAAACCCUACAAAUGUGGCGACUGUGGGAAAACCUUCAGCCUGGGUGCUGCACUCAUCCGACACCGGAGGAUUCAUACUGGAGAAAAGCCUUAUGUUUGUCAGGAAUGUGGGAAAGCCUUCAGCCAGAGCUCGUGCCUUUCUAAGCAUCAGAGAGUUCACAGUGGGGAGAAGCCUUAUGUGUGUGCCGUAUGUGGGAAAGCCUUCGCCCAGAAAGCAAAUCUGAUGCAGCAUCAGAGAACUCACACUGGGGAGAAGCCUUAUGCUUGUGAUGUGUGUGGGAAAGCCUUUGGCCUUAGAGCCCAUCUCAGUCAGCAUCAGAGAAUUCACACCAAGGAGAAACCACAUCAGUGUCCACAUUGUCAGAAAGCCUUGUGCUGCUGCUCAGGUCUCAGCCAACAUCAGUGAGUUCACACUCCAAAGUAACAGGUAGCAAUUCUGCCCAUGGCUGCUGGGUGGCAGCAGAUCCCAGACAUCUGAGAAUGUGUUCAUCCGAGGCCUAAAGUUGAAACCAUCCCAGUGUAAGCCCCUCCCCCCCAAGAGUAAUAAAUCUCUUUAUUAAUAAAGAUUGAUUAGAAAAUUUGCACGCAUGAGUUUCAUUAAAACAGUGAAAACACAAACAUUGAGAAGCUGUGGAGCUUUGGAAGUCAGAGGUAGACUGGAGCCAGUCUGCUGAGUUGAAUCCCAGCUCUGCCAUCUGCCACCUAAGUGACCUAGGGAAAGUCAUGAAACCUUUCAGGGCUUCAGUGUCCUCGUCUGUAAGAUGGGCAAAAUAAUAGCUACCUACUUCAUAGGGCUGUUGUGAGGAUAAAGAGAUGUAAAGCACUUUAGAACUAAGUGCCCAGCACAUAGUAAGUACUCACCAAGUGUGAGCUACAAACGUGCAUCAGAUAUAACAAAUAUACUCUUUUACAUUAAAAGGAAGAGAAAACUAAGCAACCCUCUAUCUUUAUUUCACUGCAGUUAACAUUAUUACUAAUAAUGUGCAUGGCUUUUAUUUUUAAAGUUUCCCACCAAAAUAUCCUUGGCUUCAUUGGAUCCAAAAACCCAGUACUUUGCUCUUAAAAAAAAAAAAAAAGAGCCUAGCCUUUUUCUUCCCUCCAUUUCUCAGCUCUGUCCUAGUACUUUCUUUCUUUUUUAAAAAAAUUAUUUUAUUUAUUUAUUUAUCUGGCUACGUUGGGUCUUUGUUGCUGCACACAGGCUCUUCUCUGGUUGCGGCGAGUGUGGGCUACUUCUUGUUGCGAUGCACAGGCUUCUCAUUGCGGUGACUUCUCUUGUUGCAGAGCACCAGCUCUAGGCGCAUGGGCUUCAGUAGUUGUGGCACACAGGCUCAGUAGUUGUGGCUCGCGGGCUCUAGAGCACAGGCUCAGUAGUUGUGGUGCACGGGAUUAGUUGCUCCGCAGCAUGCGGGAUCUUCCUGGACCAGGGCUCGAACCCGUGUCCCUUGCAUUAGCAGGCGGAUUCUUAGCCACUGUGCCACCAGGGAAGCCCUGUCCUAGUACUUUCUUAACCCGCAAAAAGCCAAGAAGAACACGUAAACUAACAUCGCAUGGCAAGAACUUUCCACUCCUAACCUCCCAAACCUCUCACUCAAAAGGACCCCCUCCCAUAUCCACAUGCCAUCCCUUCCCAUAAUCUCCUCCCAUUUAAAGUUGUUGGUUAAAUGAUGAGACCCAAUUUAUCGUGAGAGUUAAUACCAUAAACAGCUGGAUUCAGUUAGGAAAGCUGCAUUGGAUGUUGCUGUCUCCACACGGUUCACACCAUUUAUACAGAAGAUGUGCUUGGUAGCAAAAACUGUGAUGCACAGAAACGACUGCUGGAAUGUUCCUCCUUUACCAGUUGUCCAAGUUGGCCACUCACCAGGCGCUUCCCUAGGCUCCAGGGUGGGGAACACCAAUACGGUAAGCCCUGCCCUUGCCUUGAAGCUUCUAGAAUCAAAGGGAAAUGGAUGGCCUCGUUUCCAUUGCCAAGUGACGUCUUAAAAUACACAUUCUCUCAUGUCACAGCAAGUCCCCCGAGGAUUGUUGGCGAGCCCGGUGAGGACACAGUCCUUCCUGUUGGAGCCCCAGAGUUCACUGCUCACCUUGGCCAGGCUUGUUCUACAGCUGAGUCUCACCUCACGGAACCACACCACCAGCUCUCUUGAUGGCACCUCCUCGGCCCUGAGCUUUUGUGUCCCACCUGCUAAGUGACCCAGUCACUUCUUUGCUGAAGCACAGUCUUACAAAGACACUGGACUCUUGACACUUUAAAUAUUCUUUCAUAUUUUUGGUACUAAAAAAAGUUCAGGAGUCUGUGCUCUGGGCCCUUAGGAUUUUCAAACCUUGCACCUUGAGUUGUGCUGGUUGGUUUUGUCAUUGAAACUGGGACCUUGUUGGCUGACCGUUCACACCACAGUGGGGAGUGUACUGGUUUUCAAAUGGCGGAAACGUCCAACUCCCCACCUGUUGUAUCUGGGCAACAGGCCUGAUAUAUACCUAAGGGGCAGGGCAGGGGCGGGAACUCAACUUGAUAAGUAUGUUCAACCAAGAGUUUUGACACCACAGAUAGAGGUCAGAGGCCU